AUGGUUUACGACUGGGAUGGUAAACGGGAAAUAUGCUAUCAGAUGUACAUCGAGGAUAAAAAGGCCCUCGAGGAAAUCAUGGAAUAUAUGAGAGAUGUAUACCAGUUUUCACCUAGUAAGCGUGCAUUUCAAACCCAAUUCAAACGAUGGGGCUUUCCUUCCAAACAAAAUCCGGCGCACAAAAAUACAGAACUUGUUGCGCGUGUCAAACAGCUCUGGGAGUGCAAUACAAGUCAGCGGGAUAUGCUCCGAAUAUUAACCGAAGAGGGCUUCGAAAUCAAAGAAAGGGAGCUGAUGCGAGUGCGUGCCAAAAAUCGAUGGCUUCUCCGUGUGCCCAAUGGAAUGAAAUCUCAAGCGGUUUUUCGACCCUCCACGCAACUUCCAGAAGACGAAGGACUUCUGGCACUUCAGCAGGAAGUAUACAAGAACGCAGAAACGUUCUACGAUCCUCAGGCUCUUCGCCCCGAAUCCGCAGCGUCGCAUCCCUCAUCGCCCAGUCUUUCACUCGAAGUAAUGGCGAAGCGCAAAGAGCGGCUAGAGCGCCUGAAAGCAGAGAGUGCUGAACGCUGGGCUUCCAGGAAGCGACGGCGGCGUACCCGGGGAUGGGCUGGGUUACCUGCCGACCCCCCUGGACCCCCACGGUUCCCUUCUGAAACCACCAUCGAUGAGAGUAAGAAAUAUCUGAAUCUAGACAAUACUAUAUACCGUCAAAUAAGAGACCAAUUCCAAAGGAUCUGUGAGGAGGCAGGCUUCAUCAAAAAGACAGUUGCUGGACCAGAGAGAUGGCAGGAAGCCAAAAACAAAUUAAUUCAGGAGUCGGAACAUCUUCGGCGUGUGUUUUGGCAAGACCCUCAUCAACUUGAUGCUAAAGCCCUCGCUCUCGACGUUGUGUGUACGGAUGUCACUAAACGGAUGAGGACAUUGGAGAGGCGUAUGACCAUUGCCGAAGCGAAGAACGCUCUUGGGAUCAACCCAGAAGAGAGCCGUCAGAUACGAAACGCUUUUUACAAUACACUGAAAGCAGAUCAUUUCACGAGCAAGCUGGAGGCUGGGGAUGAACAUUGGAAACAGCUCAAGGAGCGAUGGAUUCAAGAAUCCGAGUUGCUCCAGCACAUUCUCACCCCCGGUUCGGCAGAUGCUGAGCAUUGCACGAAGUUGAAAGCCCUGGAAGUCUUGUGCCGUGAUGUUAUGAAGCGACUACGUGAUGAUCAAACAAAACGAGACCCGUCUCGUAAGAAGUCCGCCCUUCGCUCCGAAAGCUCUAUAUCGGGAUCUGCGAGUGCGCAUGACAGCGGUGCAUACAACAGUAGCAUUACUAAUGGAAUUAGCACCCUAGCUUCGCAGGCUCUCGCCAGCGCCCCCAUGACCUCGGGUGAUUUGAAUGACAUGCAAAUAGACCCCUCACUCUUACAAGCGGCGAACGACACCUCCUUUACUUCGACAGCUCAUCAUGACACUGGGAGCUCAUAUGAAUACGUGAACCCCAUAAUAGAACCCAGUGCGCUAGCUAUCCCGGCGUAUUUUCAAAUCAGUCUCCAAAGCCAGCUGCACGGGGAUUUCAAACCAUGGGUUGAGAAGCUCGCCACAAGAUCUGUCGCUGAGUUACGCCAACUACUCGCUUCAAAGUAUCCUGAUUUUGUCGUCACGAAAAUUGUGGGCAUCGAUGAAGAUGAUGAUGGAAAUGAGUUUGCUUUCCUUAUCACCGAUGACAAUGAACUUGAAGCUUACUUGACACAUGUGCAUGGUCGACGAGCAUCCUUCAUCUUCAGUUUAGCUUAG